GUGAUAAACAUUAACCACACUGCUAUUGGGACACUGUUUAGUGUUUACUAAACAGAAGAGAUGAGACGAGCGUAGCCAAAACUUGAAACUCUUUCUCUGUUCUUUAUCAUCAUGAAUUCUCAAAUCGCAAACACCAUCCCAAAACCCUUAUUCCCUCCCAAAACCUCUUUCCCCCAAUUUCCCCACUCUUCACCUCGCUUUCUCACCACUACGUACACAUUCCCCCCUCGCAACUUCAAAAACCGAUGCAAACUCAGAAUCGUAGCUUCCAAUUCUCUUUCGGACUCAACCACUCCCAGCCCAGACCAACAACAAGACGCCGAAUCCGUUCAACUAUUCGAGAAACUGAAGGAGGUUGAAAGGAAACGGAUGAGUGAGUUGGAAGAGUUUGACAAGAAGGCGAACGUGCAGUUAGAGAGGCAGCUUGUGAUGGCUUCUUCAUGGAGCAGAGCUUUGUUGACUUUGCGUGGAAAGCUGAAGGGAACUGAGUGGGAUCCUGAAAAUUCACACAGGAUAGACUUCAGUGAUUUUGUGAGGCUUCUUGACUCCAAUAAUGUCCAGUUCAUGGAGUACUCUAAUUACGGUCAAACAAUAUCAGUUAUUCUACCAUAUUACAAAAAUGGUAAACCAUCAGGAACUGCAGGCAAUCCUAAGGAUAUUAUUUUUCGGCGUCAUCCAGUUAAUCGAAUGCCAAUUGACUGUUGGAAUGAUGUUUGGAGAAAGCUACAUCAACAAAUUGUAAAUGUUGAUGUCAUUAAUGUGGAUGCCGUACCUGCUGAAAUAUACUCAACUGUUGCAACUGCAGUCAUAUGGUCUAUGCGUCUUGCUCUGGCUGUUGGUUUUUAUGUGUGGAUUGAUAAUUUAAUGAGACCAAUAUAUGCGAAGUUGAUACCUUGUGAUUUGGGAACUCCUACCCAACAAACUAGGCAGCCGCUCAAAAGUCGUUCACUUGGAUCUCUAGGCCAGAGUCGGGCUAAAUUUAUAUCAGCAGAAGAAAGAACUGGUGUUACAUUUGAUGAUUUUGCUGGCCAGGAAUAUAUAAAGAAAGAACUACAAGAGAUUGUCCGAAUUUUAAAGAAUGAUGAGGAGUUUCAAGACAAAGGAAUUUAUUGUCCAAAAGGGGUACUUCUUCAUGGGCCUCCUGGAACUGGUAAAACUCUACUGGCUAAAGCCAUUGCAGGUGAAGCAGGGUUGCCUUUUUUUGCAGCUAAUGGCACGGAUUUUGUAGAGAUGUUUGUAGGGGUUGCUGCAGCCCGUGUUAAAGACCUUUUUGGAAAUGCAAGAUCAUUUUCGCCUUCUAUAAUCUUUAUAGAUGAGAUAGAUGCUAUUGGUAGCAAGCGUGGAGGACCUGAUAUUGGCGGAGGAGGUGCUGAAAGGGAACAGGGCUUACUUCAGAUACUAACUGAGAUGGAUGGAUUCAAAGUUUCUACAGCACAGGUGCUCGUGAUAGGUGCCACAAAUAGAUUGGAUAUUCUUGAUCCUGCUUUAUUGAGGAAGGGUCGUUUUGACAAAAUCAUUAGAGUUGGUUUGCCAUCAGAAGAUGGAAGAUUUGCCAUUUUGAAGGUGCAUGCUAGGAAUAAAUUUUUUCGCUCUGAGGAGGAAAAGGAGACUCUACUUAAGGAAAUUGCAGAACAGACAGAAGAUUUUACUGGGGCUGAGCUACAAAAUAUACUGAAUGAAGCUGGAAUUUUGACAGCCAGGAAGGAUUUGGACUACAUUGGGCGAGAUGAGCUGCUUGAGGCAUUAAAAAGGCAAAAGGGAACAUUUGAAACAGGUCAAGAGGAUAGUACUGAAAUUCCUGAAGAAUUGAAACUGAGAUUGGCAUACAGAGAAGCAGCUGUUGCUGUUCUUGCAUGUUAUUUUCCCGAGCCUCACCGUCCUUUUGUUGAGACUGAUAUAAAUUCUAUCCGCAGCCAGCCAAAUAUGCGUUAUACUGAAGUUUCUGGCCAGGUUUUUGCAAGGAAAUCAGAUUAUGUAAACUCUAUAGUGCGUGCUUGUGCUCCAAGAGUGAUUGAGGAGGAGAUGUUUGGGAUUGACAACUUGUGUUGGAUCUCUGCAAAGGCAACAUUAGAAGCUUCAAGGCGUGCAGAGCUUUUAAUUCUGCAGACAGGAAUGACUGCUUUUGGGAAAGCAUAUUACAAAAGCUACAGUGAUCUUGUGCCCAAUCUUGCAGUGAAGCUUGAAGCGCUUCGAGAUGAGUAUAUGCGUUAUGCUACUGAGAAGUGCUCAUCUGUGCUAAAAGAAUAUCAUUUAGCAGUUGAGACGAUCACAGAUAUUUUGCUUGAAAAGGGAAAAAUCCAAGCUGAGGAGAUAUGGGACAUUUAUAAGAGUGCUCCUCAUGUAGCUCAGCCUCCUGUCAGUCCAGUUGAUGAAUAUGGAGCACUGGUUUAUGCUGGACGAUGGGGAAUCCAUGGGAUCAGUCUCCCUGGAAGGGUUACAUUUGCACCAGGCAAUGUUGGGUUUUCAACCUUUGGUGCACCUCGUCCUACAGAGACGCAAAUUGUUAGUGAUGAAACUUGGAAACUAGUAGAUGAUAUCUGGGAUAAAAAAAUUGAAAACAUUAAGGAAGAAACUUCAAGGGUGAUUGAAGAAGAGAAAGAAAAGCCACAACUUUUGAUGGCAAGCCAUUUUCUUUGAGAGAACUAAAUUUGAUCUACAGGUACAUCUAUUGGGAAAAGAAUACAAACAUCAAUUAUGUCACAGAAAUAGCAACAAUGGGGCAAACUAAUUACUUUUGUUUUUCUCCUCUGAUCUAAUUUGCAUUGUAAAUUUCAUGCCACCCUUUUCGUUGGGAAGCUGCACCAUCAGGAUGCUAUCCCUCCCUUUGCCAACAGCUCUUUAUCAGCAUGAAUAUCAACUUGGAAUGGAUAUUAUCAAUAUGAAGAUUGAUACACUUUCGAACAAGAUGAAGGUUCUUGAUAAUCAUUCAAUUUUGUGAACGAGCUUUUUUUUUUU